AUGGAAGCACUUCCCUACGUCACUACCCACGAAAGGGAGAUGGCUAUGAACGUUCUCGUCCGAAAUCAUCAGAAUGUCCAUCUGUUAAAGUUAAAACUGAAAAAAGACGAACAUGGUCUUCUCCGCUGCCAAGGAAGACUAGGAAAUGCCAAUCUUCCCAUCAACACUCGCCAACCGUUCCUCCUCGCCACAAAGACGGAACUAGCUCGGUUGGUGGUGGAAGAUGCACACUUGCCACUUCACUGUAGCGUAAGCCAGACGAUAGCACGAGUGAGGGAAAAAUUCUGGAUUCCAAAGAUUAGGCAAAUGGCCCGAACAGUCAUCAAGCGUUGCCUUCCUUGUCAGAAAGUGAACAAUCUCCCAUACAAGUAUCCUGACAUGGACGAUUUUUCCGAACGACGCGUACAAAAAACACGACAAUUUGAGCAUGCCGGCAUUGACUACUUUGGACCACUAUCCGUCAAACACGAUGAGGAACUCAAAAAGGCCUAUGGCAUCAUUUUAACACCUCGAAUUGGUGACAGACAUGACCACCUCUGA